AAACAGAGAGAAAAGAAGCUUCAGACUUCAUUGUGCUACACGAGCUUGUUUUAGCUUAGGGAUAAACAUUUGUGGUGCCAGCAUGGCAUGGAUGAAUAAGGCCAGCCACAUGUUCCUCCGGUGGUCUUCGGUUGCAGGCUAGAGAUAUGGAGAAGGUUUAGCCGCCUUGGCCAUUCACACAUGCUCCUCCUCCCACCUCUGCUUUUGCAAGCUUUCUGAUGUGCAGAGCCAGAGCUGACUGUCUCUGCCCUCCUGACGGUUGAGGCCGGCACAGUGAUGAGCCGACAGAGUCAUGCUUGUGCGAUUGGGAUUCGUGGUCUUAGCAACCUUCGCGGCGUUUACCCUUAAGAGAGGGAAGGGGCCUAACAAAGACAAUGGCCAAGCAAGCAAGAGGAAGGAUAGGGCUCGGGGUUCUGAACAUGGGGAGAAAGAAGAAGAGGCGGAAGAGGUUAAGACGAUCAGCGGCAUAAUCAACUCGGCUCCAUCGGUGGAUGAUGAUGAUGACGACAUGUUCUCAGAGAUCGAGAGCCUGCUGGGUGGGGAGAUCGACAUCCCGAUACCGAGCGACAGGUUCGACGUCAAGGAGCGGUCACGGUACAACGCCCACAUGGCGAACAACGCGGCCGAGAUGGAGAGGCUGCGAAGCCUGGUGCAGGAGCUGGAGGAGAGGGAGGUGAAGCUCGAGGGAGAGCUGCUGGAGUACUAUGGCCUCAAGGAGCAGGAGACCGACGUCACCGAGCUGCAGAAGCAGCUCAAGAUCAAGACGGUGGAGGUCGACAUGCUCAACAUCACCAUCAGCUCGCUGCAGGCAGAGAGGAAGAAGCUGCAGGAGGACGUUGUCCGAGGCGCAGCAGCCAAGAAAGAGCUCGAGGCGUCGAGGACCAGGAUCAAGGAGCUGCAGCGCCAGAUACAGAUGGAGGCGAACCAGACGAAAGGCCAGCUGAUGCUGCUGAAGCAACAGGUCAUGGGGCUGAAGGCCAAGGAAGAGGAGGUGGCCAAGAAGGACGCGGAGAUCGAACGGAAGCUCAAGAAGCUCAAGGAUUUGGAAGUGGAGGUCCUUGAGCUGAGGAGGAAGAACAAGGAGCUGCUGUAUGAGAAGAGGGAUCUCAUGGUGAAGCUGGAUGCAGCACAAGGGAAAAUAACAGAGAGUGAUGUGGUUGCCCAUGCAAGAGAUGAGAUUAACAACUUGCGACAUACAAAUGAGGACCUCACAAAGCAAGUGGAAGGCCUACAGAUGAACAGAUUCAGUGAAGUAGAAGAGUUGGUGUACCUGCGGUGGGUCAAUGCUUGUCUGCGAUUCGAGCUCCGCAACUACCAGAUACCAUCAGGAAAAAUGUCUGCCCGUGACCUCAACAGGACGCUUAGCCCAAAAUCACAGGAGAGGGCUAAACAGCUAAUGUUGGAAUAUGGGUCUGAACGAGGCCAGGGUGACACUGACCUUGAUAGUGCUCCUUCUUCUGCACCUUCUUCCCCCAGAAGCGAAGACUUCGACACUAUGUCAAUUGACAGUUCUUCCAGCAGAUACAGCUUCCUAAGCAAAAGGCCCAAUCUGAUGCAAAAACUCAAGAAGUGGGGGAGGAGCAAGGAUGACAGCAGCUAUUUAUCAUCGCCGACACGGUCCCUGACCAGUGGCUCUCCAAAGAGGAGCCAGAAACCAAAGGGCCCCUUGGAAUCUCUCAUGAUCAGAAAUGCAGGAGAUGGUAUCUCCAUUACAACGUUUGGAAAGAGGGAGCAAGAUUCCAAUGAAAUGGAUGACGCGAAUAUUGCAUCUUCAUUCCAAUUGAUGUCAAAGACUGUCGAAGGUUUUGCUGAUGAGAAGUAUCCCGCUUACAAAGACAGGCAUAAGCUUGCUACAGAACGGGAGAAGGCGGUCAAAGAGAAGGCUGAGCAAGCUAGAGCACAAAGGUUCGGUGGUGGCUAUAGCUCAGCUCUAGUACCAUCUCCAAGAGCUGCACUCCCACCAAAACUUGCUCAAAUAAAGGAGAAGAAGGUCCCUGCAGCUAAUGUUGAAUCCGGCGAGCAAUCUAGUGAUAACCAGAACAAUCCCCUGGCGGUAACCCAGUUGAAGCUUGCCCAAAUUGAGAAGAGAGCUCCAAGAGUCCCCCGUCCACCUCCCACCGCAUCAGCUGUUGCUUCAGGAGCUACCAACACUGCAGGCGGAGCACCGCUGCCGCCACGUCCACCAGGUGGACCUCCUCCUCCACCACCACCUCCUGGGAGACCUGGUGGUCCGCCGCCUCCACCACCACCUCCUGGUUCUCUAUCCAAGAGUGUUGCCGGUGGUGACAAGGUACACCGUGCUCCGGAGGUUGUGGAGUUCUACCAGAGUCUGAUGAAACGUGAAGCUAAGAACACAACUUCUUUGGGAUCAAAAACAUCAAAUGUUUCUGAUAACAGAAGCAACAUGAUCGGAGAGAUUGAGAACAGAUCAACGUUCCUCUUAGCAGUCAAAGCUGAUGUGGAGACACAAGGAGAUUUUGUUGAGUCGCUAGCAGGUGAAGUCCGAGCAGCAAGAUUCGUGAACAUUGAUGAUGUUGUUGCAUUUGUACAUUGGCUGGAUGAGGAGUUAUCUUUCUUGGUUGAUGAGCGAGCGGUGCUAAAGCAUUUUGAUUGGCCAGAGAGCAAAACUGAUGCAUUAAGAGAGGCUGCUUUCGAGUAUACGGAUCUGCAAAAAUUAGAAAACAAGGCUACAUCAUUUGCCGACGAUCCCAAAGUUCCAUGUGAAGAAGCUCUUAAGAAGAUGUAUUCGCUGCUUGAAAAAGUGGAGCAGAGUGUUUAUGCACUUCUUCGUACAAGAGACAUGACCAGCGCACGCUACAAGGAGUAUGGAAUACCAGUUGACUGGCUAUCGGAUUCUGGAAAAGUUGGCAAGAUCAAACUGGCAUCAGUUCAGCUGGCAAAGAAGUAUAUGGAGAGGGUUGCCUCAGAGCUCGAUGCAAUGCAAGGCACUGAGAAAGAGCACAACAGAGAGUUCUUGCUUCUCCAGGGUGUCAGAUUCGCUUUCCGGGUUCAUCAGUUUGCUGGAGGCUUCGACGCGGACAGCAUGAAAGUUUUUGAGGAGCUGAGGAGCAAGAUGAGCACACAGGCACCCGCUCCGCCGCCAUCGGAAACAUAACACGGAGUCAGGGUUCCACGCUUCUCUUCUCUGGUCUGUUUAUUCAGAUGGCAGGAUUAGUUGGCUAGCUAAACUGUACAAAAGAGAAAACUGUAAAUUCCAAUGUUGUCUUGUAUAUGUCAAGUCUACAGGUUCUGAUUAUACUACACGUAUACCCGUUUUUGUCCAAGUUUGUUUGUCAGGUUACAUUUUUGUGACCGGGCAGUUUGUAAAGAGUGAACCACAGUCAUGAGAUGCCUAGUUUUUUUGCUACUCUUCUGAUUCGGUGAUAUGUUACAAUUAAUGGAAAUUUCUGCUUCAGUAUC